AAAGUUCGCUUCAUCGUUGUAGAAUUUUACCAUUUUAAGCCGCUCUACUAGCGUAGAGCACGCACGGGUUGAAAGGGUUACUUCAUUCGCAGUUUGUGCUGAUACUCAGAAAAUAUGUCGAGUUGGCUCUUAUUAGCUGGUUUCGCAAUAGGAUACGUUAUGUAUUAUUUAACUGAAAUUGUGAAGCGUCCAAAACUAGCUGUAGCAGAAGGAGCCUUUAAAGACUUUUUGUUGAAACAUGUCCCCUCUAUGCAAUCGAAAUUUUGGCCGACCAUAUGGUGUGUUGAAAGUCGAGCCCAGACAGUAUUUGCUAGCAUUUUGAGGUCAACAGUUUUCCCGACCAUCCACUACAGACGAGAAAUUUUAACGUUAAAUGAUGGUGGAGAAGUUGCACUGGAUUGGAUGGAAGAAGGUUGUAAGAAAUUAUCUCCACUUAUCCUUAUUUUGCCAGGACUUUCAGGAGAUUCUCAUAGCGAUUAUGUUAGGUGUUUAGUGGUAGCGGCACAAGGAAUUGGCGUUCGUACAGUAAUUUUCAACAAUCGUGGUUUAGGUGGUGUAAAACUAAAAACUCCUCGUUUAUAUUGUGCUUCAAAUAUCGACGAUCUAUCAGAGGUUGUAAAUCAUAUAAAGCAACUCAAUCCUGGUGUACGGUUGGGUGCGACUGGAAUAUCGAUGGGGGGAUUGGUUUUAGGCAAUUAUAUAGCUGAGAAAAGCGAAGAAUCAAGUAAGACAUUCACAGCAUGUCAAGUAAUUUCUGUUCCAUGGAAUGUUCAAAAAGGAUCCGAUAGCAUUGAGACACCUUAUUUGAAUAGUCUGCUUAGUCAACACUCAGCGAGAAACUUAUGUAAAACACUGAGCAAGGGUGAUGUAUUAAGAAAUGGGGAAUUCGAUAUAGAUGCAAUUCUACAGAGUAAAUCUAUAAAGGAAUUCGACUCAAGUUUUACUUCAAAACACUUUGGUUUCAAAGACGUUGAACAUUAUUAUGGAACAGCGACAUUACACGACAAACUGCAUAUGAUGUCCACUCCACUUCUUGGCCUUAGUGCCGCUGACGAUCCUUUUCAACCAUUAAAUGAUAUUCCAGUAAAUGCAGCGCAGAAUUCUUCUCACGUAGCUAUAUUAGUAACAACCAGAGGAGGACACAUUGGGUUCUUGAACGGAAUUUGGCCCAUUGGGAAAGAUCAAUAUAUUGCCCGAGUUUUCAGUCAAUACUUUGCUGCUACAUUAUUUGAUGAUAUAAAUUUCAGUUCAACGGCUCAACAAAUGCAACAAGAAUAUUUAAAUGCUAGCAAAAAAUCUGAAGCUACUGUGUAACAUUUGUCUCUAGAAACAAGCAAGU